UUGCUCGACAAUUUUCUGAAAUCACUGCCUGAUCGUGGAAAUCCUAAUGUUGACACACUGUGCGAGAAUAUUUUGCAACAUCGUGAACAGAUUAUCAAUGACGACUUCCUAGAGACACUCAACGAUACCUUCGGUACGCCUCCAGUACUGGCCCAUGGCGACCUAUGGUCAGCAAAUAUAUUAUGGCAUAAUGUGGAAGGUGAAAGAAAGAUCAGAUUUAUUGUUGACUGGCAGCUAGUUCAUCGCGGUUGUAUUGCCGAGGACAUUCUUCGUUACAUCUUCUGCGCUACGAGCGUUACGGAUCGUCGCCAACAUUUUGACCACUUGUUCCAGUAUUACUAUGAAGAACUGGAAAAGUCAUUUGGAGCUCGCCUAUCAUUUACGUGUGAUCAGGUAUGUUCUACAUUUACUAGUCCUUUCUUGCAGUAA